AUGGUGCUGCCUUUAGCCAUACUGAGGGCGGGAAAGAGUCAACCCGCGCUCAUUGAACUCAAGAGCGGGGAGACGUACAGCGGAAUAUUGUCAUCCUGUGAUGUAUUUAUGAAUGUGCACAUGGUUAAUGCCAUAUGCACGUCAAAGAAAGGCGAUGAAUUCUGGAAACUUAGUGAAUGCUUCAUUCGCGGGAACAAUGUCAAAUCAUUCCGAUUACCAGAAGAAGUUGCCACGGUGGCACUAGAAGAAUCGAAAGCCGCGGGUUUGUUUGUGGAACUUCCUAAAGCCAUACGUCUGCAGCGAAACCUUCCACUUACAACUCAAGAGGAAGGGAUCGAGGAUCAAAUAGAGGCAGGAGAGGAAAUACUUACCGCGGCCACUUCAAACGGUAAUCGCAUGGCCCGGGGGAGAGUGCAUCGAGUACGCAGGCAGAAUUUGUACAAAGAAGAUCGACUAUCAGACGCAUCAGAACGAGAAGUGCAGUCCGGCGCAUCCAAAGGAUCUGACGCGUCGCCUUCCGGUGCAGUCCAUGAAGAGGCAGAUGUCACCCGGGUUGCAAAUACCCUCACCGAUGAAGCAACGUCAAAAAUUGAUGCAGGAAUUGUAAACAUGGAAGGAAAUAACGGAAUGUCGCAGAUAGAACAAGAAAAAUCUACUCUACCAUAUGAUGAAGGGCAACAGCAUAUGCAUUCUGACGAAGCCGCCGUGCGUUCUGACGAAGAACGAAUUGCAGCAUUCCGAAUUUUUGUUUCAAAAUUGUCAUACGAAGCUACGCGUGAAGAUUUAGAAGAAUAUUUUAGUCAGUUUGGUAACAUCACCGAUGUUCACAUACCACGCCAACCUGGAAACCCCGCUCUCAACAAGGGUUAUGGUUUUGUUUCUUUUGAAGAUGAAAGUACGCUAAUGCGAGUCCUCGACACGCGCUCGCAUGUGGUACUCGGCAGGGAGGUUAUGUUAGAUCGAGCUACUGGGCAAAAAUACCAUACCAGCUCAAAAGUAUCGGAGGACGGGAACGCACGUAACAGGGAUAAGUACCCGCGAUACAAGCGUCAGUACGACGGAAAUGAAUCGAGGUUGGACAGGUAUUACAGGAGAGAAAGGGAUGACCGUUACAGGUGCGAUUACUAUCCAGUAGAUCGACGCACUUACGCCAAUCCUGUCAGUUAUGUUCGAUCAUACUCUGGAUUCGACCCACAUAAACCUGUUAGCUACGUGUUUACCGGGGCCUCAAAACCGGACCAUUACGGAGCCAUGGAGUAUGACAACCGUUACGCUCCUAGGACUGUGAUACCGGUUAAGACGAGAACUCGCACCGUACCCAAACUGUUCAUCGGAAGAUUAGAUCCGGACACCACGGUAACUACAUUGAGGAAUUACUUCUUGCGGUUCGGCGAAAUUGCCGACGCAUACAUACCGCCUAUUCUGGUUGCCGCGCUGGCGCAUUCUCAUGUGUUAUUCUCCGCGCGUUCCAAAAAUCGGACAGCGCGACGCUUUACGCUAAUACCAGACCGCUAUACAGAACACCGUAAACCCUCUCCAGCUUAUGUAGCCUCUAACCCAAAAGAAUUAUUAAACAUUCGUCGAUCUGACAAAAGGUUUGCAGGAAAAGAACAGAUUCCAAGCGAUUUUACACUCACACCUCGUGAUAGGGUAGUAAUUGCCAAGGACCCCUCGGAACCCAGGCCGUACCUCUGGAAUGUGAACUGGCCUGAAACGGAGCGCAAGAUUGAGUUGCGGGCCAUAAAGUAUCACGUAGGUCAAAUAUGGUCACCUGACGGGCAUGUGGAAACGGUUACCGCACUGCAAGUCUUACCGUGCGUAAUUUGUGAAUUUAUGGAUUUUGGAUAUGCUCUUGUGGCAUAUGGGAGACCUACCUGGGAACGACGAUGGAACCGCCGUAGCGAACUUGGCAAACUCUUGAAGAACUCUGCGAAUUUUGCGUGUAUGAAGCCUGUGAAAUUGCAGCCACCUCAAGAUUAUGCAUUAGGACAAAUAUUGGACGUAUCCGCCUUCGCCGGUUGUACCCAUGUGAAAGUUACUGGAGUAACCAAGGGCAAAGGUUUUGCCGGUGUUAUAAAGCGAUAUGGAUUUGCCAGGGGGCCCAUGAGCCAUGGAUCCAAACAUCACAGGAAACCCGGGUCUAUCGGAGCGUCAACAACGCCGGGACGUGUUAAACCGGGCAAAAGAAUGCCAGGGCGCAUGGGUGGGAAGCGUUGCACUUUUAGAAAACUUAGAGUUCUUGGAAUCAAUCCGGAAACGUCUUUGAUGUACGUCAAAGCCCUUGUGGCGGGCGCCAGGGGGAGCUACGUAUCAGUCAUGUCUGAUAUGCAAACACCAAGGCCAGAUAACAUUCUUAAAUGA